AGCGAGGAGGCUGCGCUGCGCGCGCCGCGCCGGGGCCGGAGCCGGGCCUGGGCCGCUGGGUGUGAGCCGGCCAGAGGUGCACGGACCGCGACCGGCCGCACGGGAGCGGCGACGAUGGCCGUGCAGGCGGCGCUCCUCAGCCCGCACCCAUUCGUCCCCUUCGGCUUCGCGGGUGCCCCGGACGGGCUGGGGGGCGCCUUCGGAGCCCUGGACAAGGGCUGCUGCUUCGAGGACGAUGAGACCGGGGCGCCGGCGGGCGCGCAGCUGGCGGGAGCCGAGGGCGGGGACGUGCGCGAGGCCACUCGCGACCUGCUCAGCUUCAUCGACUCGGCGUCCAGCAACAUCAAAUUGGCACUUGACAAGCCCGGCAAGUCCAAGCGGAAGGUGAACCACCGCAAGUACCUGCAGAAGCAGAUCAAGCGCUGCAGCGGCCUCAUGGGCGCCGCGCCCCCGGGCCCACCUUCCCCCGGCGCCGCAGACACUCCCGCCAAGCGCCCGCCCGCCGCCCCCAGCGCCCCGACCGUGGCCGCCCCGGCCCAUGGCAAGGCUGCCCCCCGGCGGGAGGCGUCACAGGCCGCGGCGGCUGCGAGCCUGCAGAGCCGGAGCCUGGCCGCGCUCUUCGACUCGCUACGCCAGGUACCCGUGGGCGACGAGCCGGCUGGGGGCGCGGUGACCGCUCCCGCCGCUGGGAUCUGCGGAACGGGCGCUGGGGGCACGGGAGGCGACGCGGCCGGCCCCACAGGGGGCGCGGUGGCCCCAGGCGCCAGGAAGGUCCCGCUGCGGGCUCGCAACCUGCCCCCGUCCUUCUUCACCGAGCCAUCCCGGGCUGGCGGCGGUGGGUGCGGCCCGUCGGGGCCCGGCGUGAGCCUGGGCGACUUGGAGAAGGGCGCCGAGGCCGUGGAGUUCUUCGAGCUGCUGGGUCCCGACUACGGCGCUGGCACGGAAGCGGGCGUCUUGCUCGCUGCUGAGCCUCUCGAUGUGUUCCCCGCUGGAGUCGCUGCCCUGCGGGGACCCUCGGAGCUGGAACCUGGCCUGUUUGAGCCGCCGCCGGCGAUGGUGGGGAACCUGCUGUACCCUGAGCCCUGGAGCGCCCCCGGUCCUCCGACCAAGAAGACGCCCUUGGCUGCCGCCCGCGGCGGCUUGACCUUGAACGAGCCCUUGCGCCCCCUGUACCCCGCCGCCGCGGACUCCCCCGGAGGGGAGGAUGUGCCUGGCCAUUUAGCCUCUUUUGCCCCCUUCUUCCCAGACUGCGCCCUACCCCCGCCGCCGCCCCCCCAGGUGUCCUACGAUUACAGCGCGGGGUACAGCCGCACGGCUUACUCGAGCCUUUGGAGACCGGACGGGGUUUGGGAAGAGGUGCCAGGGGAGGAGGGAGCGCACCGGGACUGACUGCGAAGUAGCCUUCACUCCCUUUAGAAACUGCUGUGGGUUGUGCCUGCCUUCGGGUCUCUCCUAAACCUAAAGAACGAUAGGAAAAUGCACGUGGAGACGAACCGGGAUUAAAAAAAAAAUUCAAUUAACAAAAAAUUUCAGGAAAAGAGACGAAGAGGAAUUGGAGAUUGUUUUAAUCGCAACCCCAGGAAGUUUUUUUAAAAAAAUUAAAAAGCCGUUGGUAGGUUCUUACUGCACCAGACAUCAAGAAACCAAACGGAGUUUAGGGAAUCGGGUGGGGAUGGUAGAAGGGGCAAGAGGCGGCUUCUGUAGCCACCCAACCCUUCUCCAACUUUUCAGCAAAAGGUCAGUCUGAGUGCAGUGAUUUUUAGUGUAAUUGUCCCUUCCAAAACAUGUCCUGGUACCUCCUCUUCCCUUUGAGUGCAUUAUGAAUUAAAGCCUGUCUUGAAAAGAAUGAAACAGAGGUAUGUUGUUAUUGAUUUGAAUGUUUUCUUAGAGGAUGGUUUUCCUAGCUUUGCUAGGUGGGAGCGUUGAGCUGGAGUGGGGAUUUAAGGCCUAUGGUCCAUUGCUGACCUUCCAGGUGCCAGGUAUGGUUCUCUUCUCUAAGACUCUUUUUCUUAAAUCCCACCUCCUGCCCCCUUCCUUCUUCCAUCUUCCUGUCUCUUCACCAGUGCCUACUUUCCUCCAUUUAAUUUCAUUGGUUUCUCCCAUAUUUUUUUCUGUAGGCCUUUCUCACAAAUGUCUGAUGCAGGAGGCUUAAAUUUGCCUAAUGUGGAGUCUAUUUCUCUCCUUUGCUUUUCGCAUUGUCUAACCACCUUGGGUGGGUGGGUAGGUGGGGACUGGGCAAAUCAUAACCUCUCUGUAUCUGAAUUUUCUCAUCUGAGAGGGUGCGGAUGGCAAUAAUCCUGGACUUCUCACUUUUUCACAGUUUGUUGGGUAGCUCAGAGGAGAC